AGGCCCCUCCUUUUGGGUGUGCGCAUCGCCGUCGCUGCAUCCGCCGCCUGAUUCGUAUAUCCCCAAAGCAAGCGCAAAACAAACCAGCAACCACCAAACCAGACGCCAGCGGCGCUGCCCGCGACGAGCAGAGCAAGGAGAGGCGGAUGGGGCAGUGCCCGUGCUUCGGAUCGGCGCAGGCGGCGGAGCGGGAGCAACGGGCGGAGGCGGACCGGCGCGAGUCCCAGGAGGCCCGCGCCAAGGCCGCCGAGGCCGCGCAGAGGAGACAAGAAGAGUUUGACAAGUCAGCAGCUGGAAGAGCAGCAAAAGCACAAAUGAAAGCUAUGAAGGAAUCAAAGACAUCAAACCAAGGAGAACCAGUUCUUAAGUGGCAGAUGGGAUCAUAACUCUCAUUUGCUUUUAUUUGGAUCCCUCAGCGUGUAAGCUGUUGAUGGUGAACGAGAACCUGAUUGCUUCCAUUUUCCGAGAAGAUGCAGCAGCACCUUCUUGUAGUUGAUUGUGUGUAGUUAUGACAGUGAAGUGUACAUCCUGCUAUACUGUACAUGCUAUCCGGAGACUGUCCAACUUUGCAGCUACAAGUUUGUGUCGUAUGAACGAACAAUGUAUAUCUUUAUAAGCAGUAGUAGUCUGGUAGCAUUUGCAUAGAGGUUUUUACCCUUUCUCAUAGUUUGCACAAGCCAUGCUCUUCUCCUGACAUGGGUAUCUCUGCUGUAAAUAAUCCUGUGAUCUAGAUUUAGUGAUUUACAGUUACUGAACUCUACUUUUCUACUGGACAGUUUCCUAUCAGGCAUCUCGUGCAAAUUUCAUAUGUUUGGACAAUGUUCCAUUUGCAGA